UAUUGCCAAAAGGAGCCUUAAGACUCUUAGAACAUGGUUAGUAGCUUUUAAAGUAGAGGUAAGGAGCCAAUCAUAUGUUUCCUUUGUUUCAUCAUUUACUAAAGCUUGUGCAAUAAGACAA